GAGAAAGAGUAGAUAUCACCGUUUAUGAAGUACAACCUGAUCUCAGCCUAAAGGAGCUGUACAGAGCUAGUGGAGGAGCGUUGGGAGGGAAUCAGGUAGAUGAGGCCUUCAAACAGAUGCUGAUCAAAAUGUUUGGGGCCCCUGUCAUCGCUGAGUUUGCCCGCUCACAUCCAGGUGAUUAUGUGGACAUAUAUAGAGAAUUCGAAAACAAGAAGCGUGACAUUAAUGACAAAAGGGUCAGGGUCAUUUUUAAAAUUCCAAUUUCUCUGAGGGAAAUGUUCGAAGAGGAAACAGGGUAUCAUGUUAAGGAGAAAAUAAAGGAUACCGAGUUUUCAGAAAAAAUAACAUUUGUGUCGGACAAAUGCAAAAUAACAACCGAAGUGAUGAUGAGCUUUUUUGAAGUGGCAUUGGAUCAAAUUGUGGAUCAUGUUACAGAACUACUAAAGAAACCAGAGAUCUCAGGAACCAAGAAUAUUUUAAUGGUGGGAGGUUUUUCUGAGUCACCAAUUCUACAGAACAUGAUCAAGAAAUCUUUUCCUGAUAUGACAGUUAUCAUUCCCCCCGAACCAGGGCUUGCAGUCCUGAAAGGAGCGGUGCUGUUUGGACACAAACCUGUCACCAUUUCUUCUCGCAUUGCCAAAUAA